AUGAGCGACGAUAACAAAGAUUUGGUCCGCUAUGCGGCCGAAUACGCUGAUAAGCAAAUCGAUCUCUAUGAGAUGCUUGGUGUUGAUGCCCUGACGGCCAAAGAAGACAUCCACCGAGCAUGGAGAAAAAGAUCACUGAAGUAUCACCCCGAUAAAGCUGGCGACAAAUUUGAUGCCGAAGUUUGGGAGCGCUUCGAGCACGCCCGUGACAUCUUGUCUGAUAGCAAUGCUCGAACAAUCUACGACCAGUCUAUGAAGGCGAAGCUUCUGCGCAAGCAGGAGCGCCAGGCCAUGGACGAAGAGCGCCAACAGUUUGCCAACGAUCUUGAGGCCCGCGAGAAUGCUGCCAGACAGCAACAGGCUCGCAAGGAGCAAGAAGACAGAGAGAUGAUGCAAAAGGAGCGUGAGCGUCUUGCAGAAAUGCAGCGCAUGCGUGAUGAGGAGACGAAGAGACAAGCAGAGGCAGCGCAGGAGAUGGACGACAUGGCCGAAGCUCGACGACGCAUCCAGCAGCGCAAGGAGGAAAAGGCACGCAAGAAGCAGGCCAAGGAGGCUAUGAAGGGCGCCUCCUACAUUUCCAAAUCAAAAGGGCCUGCAAACGGAGCUGUGACUGUUCCUGGAGAUUUCUUGGUGACGGUUGGCGAGAAGCAGCAAAAGUACUGGGAGCUUGUCUGUGACAAACUGCGAGCUGUCCAAACUAUGCGAGACCUACAGCAGAACCAGGCUGCCGCCCAAGAUUUGGAAAUGGCAGAAAAGAGCGUGGAGGAAGCUCGCAGACGUAUUCACGACGCUGAGAUGAGCUAUCAACAACGCGCAGCCGCUUGA